AAUCGUGGUUGGUGAUCUCACCACUCGGUUGAAGAUCUGUGAUAUUCGACUAAGCCGCAUACGAAAUAGUAGAAGCAAGGCUCGGAUUAUCUCUCCUUCCGGCGCCAUCGGGGACGGUGGAUGCCUGCAAGGCUCAAAGAUAGAGCCUAAUGGCCUAGCCGUUGGAGAUCUCGGCUGGCCUGGCUUUUUCAAUACUGUGGUAUGUCCAGGUGCAAACUGCGCUUCACGACUGCCCUGCGACAGGAAACAUAUUGUUUGACAUGCAAACAACGAUAUUGACCAUAUGAUCCGUCACCCUCAGACUCUAUCAUGGUGACUGAGUGAGACAUCCACACUGUGAUCCAGAUGUCGAGCAAUGGCGUUUGAUCUCGUGCGCGCUUUUUCAACCUCUUCCACUUUUUCGACUUGCUCGCCUGUCCUUCACAGCGCGAUCCUACCUUGGUGUUUCUGCCACCCAGAAUGGCUUCAGUGACGCUAGAUGCGUCUCUGCUCGAGAUUGCCAAGUCGUUGGACGUGGAAAAGGCUCCGGACAAACUUCGUUGCGGCGCAUGUCACAAACUCAACGUGAAUGCCUACAAGACUACGUGUUGCGACACAUAUAUCUGCGAAUCAUGCUUCAACGAGUCAUGCGAUCAAAGUUGUCCGAAGUGCGAUCACAAACCAUUCACAGCCGAAACUUGCAAGCCAAACAAGUCCAUUCGUCUUACCAUCAAGUCAUAUUUGAAGGCGGCGGAAAAGGCCACAGCGGAGGCACCUGAGCGGGCAAAACCCACCGCGGACGAGACACCUCAGGCGGAGAUCUCGGGUCAAAGUGCCAAUGACGAGAUUCGGGAAGAGGAGCCUGCGACGGAAGUCGACGCUGAACAGGCGGUGGGUGUGGCAGAAAAUGGUGACACCAGUGCCCUUGAUGUGCAGCCUUCGGUCGAGGAUCUUGAUGCUGACGCCUGCGAUAACUUUGACGACGAAGUGGACAUUCAAGUCGACCUAGAUGACGAUCACCAAGAGAUCCCUUUACAGCGCCUCCGAAGCGUUGAAGCCACUCCAAACGAACAAUCUCUCGCUCCAACAGGACCUAAAUCGGAUAUGCCUGACAUGUCGAAUGGCACUCCAGACGGUAUGGGCAGCAUGGAUUUCCAAAACAUGAUGAAUGGUUUUGGCAACAUGGACUACAAUCAAAUGAUGCAAAUGAUGGCCGCCAACGGCAUGGGCGGUCUGAAUCCAAUGAUGGGAAUGCCUAUGGGGAUGAAUCCAAUGUCAGCCGGCAUGUUUGGUGGGUUUGGACCAAAUGGAGGCAUGAAUGGUGCGCAAGGCAUGAAUAUGGGAAUGAACUUCAAUCCCAAUCAAGGGAUGUUUCCUGGAUGGAAUAACCAAAACAACAAUAUGUGGCAGAAUAAUAAUGCAAAUGCAUACUCGAAUGGCAUGGGUGGUGACUUCGGUUCCAACUAUGGUUUCAAUAUGGCAAACUCUGGCAACUUCCAGCAGUCAUAUCCCAAUGGUGAUUUCCAGAGUGGUUACAAUGGUCGCGGUUAUGGUCGUGGCCGUGGCCGCGGUCGUGGAGGUUUUAGAGGUCGUGGUAACUUCAACCAAUAUUCUCAGUACCAACAACAAGGAUAUUACAACAACGGACCUGGCCAGCAGAACUAUCAAAACCAAAAUGGGGACAGGCCCAAUGGUGCAUUCGAUGAGCAAAAGACUGACGGCGACAAUAAGAUUGAAGAUUCGACGCAUGAAGAUGACGAAUUCGCACCUGGUGGUCAAGAAGAGGUUCAAGAGGCACUUGGAGAUGACUAUCAAAAGUCCUCAGUAGAGGACAAGAAGGUUCCUGAUGAUGCCGUCACGGAAAAGGAAGAGCGCAAUGAGCUAGAACAAAAUGGCGAGUCUCGCGAUGAAGCUCGAGACGAUGAGCCUGCUCCACUAGACGACGGGGUCCCCGUGAAGACAGCUGAGUUUGAUGAGAACACUCCUGUUGCUGAUGGACACAAAUCAGUCCCAGAGGCAUACAGUGAGGAUCUCCAUACACCCAUGCCACCACCAUCCGCACCAUUAGGCCCAUCAGCUCAAUAUGGCGGUCGAGGUCAUGGUAGAUUCUCAUCCCGUGGACGUGGUUCGAUGUCGCAGCCAAAUGGUCAUUUUGCUCCAUCAGUGAAGCCGUUCACACCGCCUACUGAGCCAAAAGGGGCCGGUGUUGUAGGUGCGCCUACGGGUCCUAGAGCGAUGCGUGAACCUCCCGCAGCACCUGCUGCACGGCCAGCAUCUCGAGCUGCCAGCACGGGUUUCCAGAUCAUUGGUAGGGCUUCCAUGGCUCGAUCCCAGCGGUCAGAGUCACGCGAUGUUGGUAGCGCCCACAGUAAGUCUCCUGCGCGAGAUCAUCAUGAAGACAGGUUCGAAGAUCAAUCUAGAAGAGGGUCAAGGCAAGAGGUAAAUGGCACGUCCCGGCAUGAUAACGCGGAGCAAGAUGACUACGAACACCGCGACAAAGACAGGCGAUCCAAGAAACCGAAGCGAGACACAUACGACGACUAUGAAAGGGACCAGCGGGAAGGGUCGUAUGAACGGUCCGACUCGGCGGACAGAAAAUCGUCAAGACGAAGUCGUGGAGACAAAGAGAAGACAUCCUCAUCCAGGCAUCGAUCUUCUCGCUCCAAGCGCUACGAUGACGACGGAGUCAAUGGCGACUAUGAGAUGAAAGACCAUGAUGAUUCCGCCCGGCAUGACCACCAUGAUGACAGCAGGAGCAAGCACAGAAGCAGCAAGUCAUCCAAGUACGAUGAUAGAGACCGAGACCACGAACGCGACCGUGAUAGAGAGAGAGACCGAACUCGUGAUGACGGUCGAAACGAGAAACAUCGUGAUCGAGACCACGAUCACAACCGCGAUCGCGAUAGAAAACGUUCCCGACAUGACCGACACCGCGAAGACAAUAAAGAGCACAACUACGACUAUGACUACGAACGCGAACACGAUGGUGAGGAGCCAGAUUCUCGACAUCGGUCUAGGAGGCAUAAGCGGGAUCAUCGACGAGACGGUGAAGACGCUCCUAUCGAGAAUGAGCGAUCUCAUCGGUCCAGCGCCUCGGCGACACCUGCUGCGGUGCAGCCAGAGAAAGAUCCACAUACUCUUGAGCGCGAGGCGAGGAAUCGCGAGAGAAUGGUGAAAGAGCAGCAGCGUAGAGAAAAGGCCGCGAAAGGGGCUGGCGGAUCCGGGUCAGGGUCGGGGCGGCGCGUCACGUACAAGUAUGAGGACGAACUGGAGAGGGGGUUGGUCGAAGGGGAGAGAGCGAGGUGGAGAUAAUCUAGGCAUCUUUCCUGUGUUCUGCUCGCAUGUGUGGGCUUUGGUGUGAACUCCGUCAGGUGUGAAUUUGUGUCUGGGAUGGGGUGGGAUAGGAAGGUGGUUUUUGGCUUGCAGACUUGACGAGAGAUGCCAGUGCUGUGCUGCAGCAGAUACCUAUUGUAUCUUCACUUCAUAACCUUUUGCGAGAACAGAAAAGAUCAGAGCA